UUGAAAUAUCGCCGUAAAAUGCCUGUGGAAGGCUACGAUGAUGACGAGUGCCCAGUCUGCUAUCAGAAGAUGAUACUUCCUACAAAAGUACCUGCCUGUGGACACACAUUCUGCUUUCUAUGCAUUAAAGGUUUACACAUGGGACCAGCUAAGCUAAUUUCACUGACAUACUCUGAUGUGGACCUUCCAGGAGCAGCUACACGUUUCGGAGAGAAUCUUUGCCCAAUGUGCCGUGGAGAGAUAUCACCUGCUAUAUUUAAGAGGCCAAAAGCUCAUGGAGUCACGCUUGAUAUGCAUGACCCGGAAUCUCCUAGUGUCCAGUUGGCUGUAACGAAACCAACGACAUCAGGGCUACACUCUAAGAGAAUAAAAAGCACUGAUAGCGACUCAGGUCCUUCAACGAAGAAAACGAAAGAAAAGGAUCCAGAUAGGCUACACUCUAAAAGGGUAAAAAGCACUGAUAGCGACUCAGGUCCUUCAACGAAGAAAACGAAAGAAAAGGAUCCAGAUAGUGGCAGCGUGAAAGAAGAACGUUCGGAUGUAGAAACUGGAGAAGCUGAGAAGGAGCUUGAUGAGGAGCCAAUGCCUGACAAUAAGGAGAGAUUCUACUGGUUGUACAAGGUUGGAAAUGCAGAUAAAAUCAGUAAUAGAGGAGUUUCUAAGGCCAUUUCAAUUUAA